AUGAAAGUUAACCCGUCACCUCCUGUUUGGAAUUUUGCUAUAUCAGAAUUCAAAAAGAAGAACUUCAAAUUGUCCAAUGGCAAGCUCAAGAAAAUGAAUUUCAUUUGGAUAAACUUAGAAACCAAUAUGGAAUUGUCUUGUGAGAAAACAGGUGCUCAAAUGGCUCAGGACAAGGAGUUCAAGGUUUUAUCGAUUCCCCUAGCUGGUGAUGCUGGAAAAUUUGUGGUUUUCUUUCCCGAAAAUCAAGAGGAAACAAUCGAGGAAAGUUUGAAGAAACUGAACACUAGAAAAUUCCAGCGCCUCAUUGAUGACCUUGUUCCCAAGUUUAUACAUUUUGAACUUCCGGUCUUCAAAAUCCAGUCAAAAUUUUUCAUCUCGGAGAAUUUGACUAUGACCGAUAGAGGGCUUACUCAUGAAAAAGAAUUUGAAGUGUGUCACGGGGAAAACAACGAUUUUCGAAGAGGACUUCUCAUGGAUCGCUGCGAAUAUGUGCCGUACAUUUUUCGAGUGAACCGUCCGUUUAUCUUUUGUGUUGUGCAGAAUGGAGUUCCAGUGACCAUGGGAAUCUUCGACGGAAAUUGA